UAGUUGGUUAAGUUACUUUGGUUGCUUAUAGAUUUCUAUAGAUUCUCGCAUUUUCGGUUUAUAGAAGAAUAAAAUUUGAUGUCCGGUUUCGGGAUUGUGUUCUGCAAUUCCUGACGAGUUUAUUUGUCGUAGUCUUUUUCAUCUUCUUUGAGCCUAGUUGAUAUUUUUCGUCCGGUCUCUACAAUGUAUUCUUUGCCGCAUAUACAUGGAAUGCUAUAAACUCUCGGUAUCUCGAAAGGAAUUUUGUCGUUGACGGAUCGAAGAUGUUGAGAAAUUUUUGACAAGCGGCAAAUCUAGUUUUGACGUUAUAUUUCAUAAGAACACAGACAACAGUGGCAAGUGUGGGGUUGCUUUAAACAGUCUUUGGAUGGUUGUGGUGAAGUGGAUGUUGCGAUAGAACGCUUAAUAAUAAUAAUAAUAAUGAUGAUGAUGAUGAUGAUGAUAAUAAUAAUAAUAAUAAUAAAAAUAAAAUCAGAACAAUGCUAAGGCUAAUAUAGAAACUAAACUGCAAAACAGGGUGAUAAAAAUAUUAAAAACGGAACUAAACGGAAAAAACAAAAUUAAUGCUGUAAACACAUGGGCGGUACCGGUAAUCACGUACACGUUUGGUGUAUUAAAAUGGUCUAACACUGACUUGGAGAGGCUGAACAGGAAAAUAAGGACCCUCAUGACAGAGCAUAGAAUUCACCAUCCUAAGGCAUGCACUGAAAGGCUAUACUUACCAAGAUCGACGGGCGGAAGAGGAUUGGCUGACCUCAACAUACUGCAUAGGCGUCAAGUAAAUCAGUUAAAGAAGUUCUUCCACCGUAAAAAAGAUACUUCGACGUUGCAUAAGCUCGCUUGUCAGUCGGAUAGAUACUUAGCUGUAGAUCUCAGAAAAAAUGAAAUAAAAGAGAUACCAACACUUGAUGAGGUAAAAGAGAAGUGGUUGAGUAAGCGCCUUCAUGGAAAAUAUCCAUCUAGUUUAAAAACUGCUGGGAGCGAAUCAACAAAUUGGUUAGUUAAGGGGCAGCUAUUCGCUGAAACUGAAGGAUUUAUCACAGCUAUUCAGGAUGAAAGCAUAGCGACUAGGAAUUAUAAGAAGUAUGUCCAAAAGAUCAGAAUAGAUGAUGAUAAAUGUCGUAUGUGUGGACGGGUGCCAGAGACCAUCGAACAUGUAACAGCAGGAUGUCAAACGCUAGCUCCGUCUGAAUACACCAAAAGGCACAACUUAACAGCAAAUAUUGUACACCAAGAACUAGCAAUGCUAUGCAACCUAGGAGAGGGAAAAUACAGUCCAUAUUUUAAAUACAUACCUGCUCCAGUUCUUGAGAACGAAAAUUAUCGGCUAUACUGGGAUACACCUAUAGUAACAGAUAAACCAAUAGCCAGCAAUAGACCAGAAAUUAUUCUGCUGGAUAAGGCUAAUAAAAAGGCGUAUUUCAUCGACAUCUCACAUCCCUCGGACCACAACCUGGAACAGAAAGAGAGAGAAAAAAUUAAUAAGUAUUACGACUUGGCAGAGGAAUAUAAAAAAAUACUCACCCUAAAAGCAGUACAUGUUAUCCCUGUAAUUAUAUCGGCCACUGGGCUAGUUACCAAGAAGUUUGCAGGAUACCUGGAAAGACUGAAUAUAACGAAUAAAACCAUCGUUACAAAAAUGCAAAAGUCCGUAAUACUUGAAACUUGCAAAAUGGUCCGAAAGACCCUGAAUAUCCCGGAGACAUAAACCUUCCCCCCCCCCCCCCAACUUUAGUGACUGGUUAAUAAACCCCACUAAAGCUGCUACCCUAAUAAGGAGAAAAAAAAAAGUAAUAAUCAUUAAUAUUAUAUUUAUUAUUAUAAUAAACUAAAUAUAGUGACGCCGCUGUCACAUUACUUUCAUUCACCAAACUCGUCUCUUAAUUGUAUGCAAAUUAGUGUGACCCCAAUUUAGGAACUAACCGAGGUGUGUAGGUCUUAAAAACUCGUGUACGGAUAUAACCUCUAGCAUUAAGAAAUUUUCUAUUCCUUUUUUUCCUACCUGCGCAUAUCCUGCCAAGUGUUCCUCACUCAGUCAGUACUACGCAUAAUGUAAGUAUCUGAAAUGUUCUUCUGUAUUUUCUUUUUGAUUCAUUAUUUUAAAAAUUCACUCAUGAUUGGUACUUUUCCCGUAUUUCUAGUGCUCUAGAACGUAUAAAUAUGGAAAUAAGACGUUGUGUGAACAAUCCGAAAUAACUUUUGUUAUACCUAUGCUUGUUAUUAUAUCUACAGUGGUGUCGUAGUAAAGCAAAUGUAGAUCGCGUUAAUGUUGGUGUUAAAAUGGGCGACCAAGACAAGUACUGGGCUCCCAAUACUGUUUGUUCCAUUUGCGUUGAAGUAUUAAGAAAGUGGCAAAAUCAUCAUAUGAAACUUGGCUUGAUGAAGCGGUUUCUUAAAGCCCGAGACAAAAGUGGACUGUGUUUUAUAUAUUUGUGCCAGAAAUUUCCUGCCAUAUCUGAUGCCAAGAUAAAAAGAAAUAUUUUUGUUGGGAACAACGCCUGGGUUUCAUUUAAAAAGGUACUUGGCCGUUUACGUAAUCCGCCCC